AUGCUGUUUCCCUCAGGUUCUAUCCCCGCCGGUCCCGCCAUAGAACCUCAAAAGGCACUCCUCCUCAUCGACUUCCAGGAGGAAUUUGUGGAUCAAGACAACGGAAAGCUUCCAGUUCCCAACGUUGGCGACUUUGUUGGCAAACUGCCUAGCCUCAUCGCGAAAUUUCGGUCGAAGGGAUCAGUUGUCUUUGUUCGUACUGAGUUUCGGGAACCGCGCUCAGCCCUUUACCCUGAAUUGGCUUGUCACAACAUCCUCUUGCAGGACACCCUGAUCCGUGGCAUUCGCUCGGAGGAUGGGGAAGUCAGGAGACAUCAACGUGGUCGGUCAUCCGGCACUUUAAAACCAACCGACCCAGAAGCCUUCCUCCAAGCAGGACCCGAAGACCGGCGUGCGUGCCGUGCAAACACACCUGGCGUCGAGUUCUGUGAGGUAAUCGCUCCUGCUUUCGACCCCGAGCGCGAUCUGAGCGUUGUGAAGUCACACUAUUCAGCCUUCACAGAAACUUCUCUCCUCUUGCAAUUACGCACCCGCAUGAUCCAACACGUUUACGUUGCGGGAAGCCUGUCCAACAUUUCAGUCUACGCAACAGUGCUCGAUGCCGUGCGCCAUGGUAUUGAGGUCACAUUAAUUGAGGACUGUCUUGGAUACCGAAAUGCUCUCUGCCAUGAAGAGGCGGUCCGGCAGAUGGCUGAUGUGAUGGGUGCGGUAGGAACAGACCACCAAGAGCUGAUGGACGACCUUGCUGGCUUGCUAGGAGAUGUGAUCCACGAAGAAGACUUUUCGACCCGUUUCCACGUCAGUAUCGGCCCGCCUGCAGUCAAACGAAACUCUCCAGCGCCGCCGCGAGAGCCGGUCUCUCCAGAGCAGAGAAAGCAAAGAGUCGAAGACUGGAUCUCAGACAAUGGCCCUGGUGACGGUGUGACUGUGGAGAAGCCCCUGGAAGCCUAUGGAGGCUCUUCGAAGCUUGAGGUCGAUCCUCUGGUGGAAAGUGACUCACGGUCACAUCCGCGAUCACCUGUGAUAAAUUCAAGGCUGGGUACACCAGAAUUUUCGCCACCACGAAAGAGGUCAACUCAGGAACUCGACGACAUUGACGACGAAACACGGCAAUCAAAGUAUGUCCACAAACCGUCACUCCGCCGCACACCAUCAGACACUCGCUCGGAUUCCCGCUACAAAGUUAAUCGCACGCGUAUCCGCGGGUCGCGACCUUCACGUGAAUCGUCUAACCGACCUGUCACACCAUCGUCGCUCAAAGCGCUUGGUAUACCCGGAACACCUGGCGAGCCCCGGGGGUCGCCACCUCUCAGUUCGGACGCUGACACAGGGAGCCGAAGUCUUACGUCGCCUUCCGCGCCCAAAACGAUGGAUGACGCAAUACCUUCUACUCUUGAUAAAACGGCGCCUCAUAAAGCUCUUCGGAGUGAGGCGCCCAAAUUGAGCGGAAACCCCCCCGCACGCAAGAGGAAAGCCAAGAAUUCGAUGUCGCUGGUCGGCCCAGCCGAGAUCAUUGGUGAGGGUGAUUGCCUCCUCAGCGCACCUGUCAUCUCUCAUGUUGCAGCUGAUGCAGCCUUCUAUACCCUGAAGCGUACAGUGCAAUGGCAAAAGAUGUACCACCGAACCGGUGAGGUCCCACGACUCGUCGCCGUGCAGGGGGAAAAUCAGGACGAUGGCGAAAGUGAGCCGAUUUACCGCCAUCCAGCCGACGAAUCACCAGAAAUGCUUCCCUUUGAUGAUACGGUAAAUAUGCUUCGUUUUGCCUGCGAGAAGCGCGUAGGUCAUCCGCUGAACCAUGCUCUUAUUCAGUACUACCGCAAUGGCGAGGAUAACAUUUCGGAACACAGCGACAAGACGUUGGACAUAGUUCGCGGCUCUAGCAUUGUCAACGUUAGCCUAGGUGCUCAACGAAUCUUGACCAUCCGGACCAAGAAAGACACUGCGUUGCGUGCCGAUACCGAUGGCGAAGAACAACCGCGCAUAACUCAACGCAUUCCGCUCAUGCAUAACUCAAUAUUCAUAUUGGGUCAAUCCACAAACCAGUAUUGGCUGCAUAGUGUGCGUGCCGACAAGAGACCGGAAUCCCAGAAAGCACUGGAAGAGCUAGCCUACGGUGGCGAGAGAAUCAGCCUGACAUUCCGGCAGAUAGGGACAUUUGUCAACAAGAGAGCCAAAACAAUUUGGGGCCAGGGCGCCACGAGCAAGUCACAGGCACAAGCCAACCCGUUGCUGGUAGGAGAAGCUGCUGAAAGAGAAGGGGAAAACAUGAUUCGUGCCUUCGGGCAAGAGAACCAUCAGAGCACCGGCUGGGACUGGGACAAGUGGUAUCGGCAAGGCUUCGAUGUCAUCAAUUUCGAGACCAAAGCCACUUGA